GCAUCGCACACAAACAGACCCGACCAAUUUUCUUGUGGGAAAAUUUUCAACGAAAAAUGGCAGCAAACCGGACGGUUUCGUCUCGUGUCGGGUGUGUUUAGAUGGGAAAAUUUGGCUCGAUUAUAGCUCAUGCACGGUAAAUAAAGUUUUCAAACGUUAGCCCAAAUCUAACACAAUGCAGAUACGAUAAAGUGUUUAGUGGUCUGCAUCGCGAGAGGUGGAAAAUUGUGACCUAGAAAAACCGUCUACGUUCCCAGAAAGUGACAUCUUUCGUGAUCCUUGCAGAAGUGAAGAAAAGUGUAGUUCCUUCGGAGAAAAAUGGAUUAAACGCGCCUGGCGUAAGAAAGGUUCGCCUAAUCCAAUGUGCAAGAUGUUGAGCACCCCAAAGUGUACUUCGAUUGAUUUAAAAAGCAGCAGUUUCAACGCGUUUUAGCUAAUCGUCCAGUAGUCUGCUAAACUACUGUUCCACAGCAGCGCUCCUUUACGAGAAGGGAUACACACACGCGCGCACGCAGGGGUGUGCUUUCCAGUCCCGUUUGCACGAGGGGUUGGAAAAAUCGAUACACCGACCACGGAACCGGCAACCAGUAUCGUUUAACGUUACACCAUCUUUUCGUGUGUCUGUCGUUAUCAUCCCUUGACGAAUGUCUCCAUUUUUUUUUUGCGUGAAAAAAGUGUUUAUCUAGUAGAACGAAUUCGGGCGCUGCUAAGAAAAGGCAACGUUUGCUGUGAAGGUUUUUGUUUUAUUUUUAUAGGAAAAAGUUCUUAGUGUCCCUACUGCUGGUCCAAGUUUGAAAACCGCAUCGCUCUGUGCAUAGCAUCGUGUGCGAAAUAAACCGUGUGCUGCUGUAGUUGCCAUUUUGCAUAAUCCAUUACAAGGAAGUAGGCUAAUUUUUCCUAAUGGCUUACAAAACUACUGGUCCCUAGAGUGUAUGUGUGUGUGUGAGUGUUUGGGCGAUUGUGUGCACUACUUUUGCUCACCUUUUUUGCAUUCAUUCAAUCGAGUGUUAUCAAUCGAUACUGCUACUAGGACUGGUCACAUGUGACCGAUUCUCACCGUGGUGCCUCAGUUUGUUUCAGUAGUGUGGCUAUUUUCUUAUCGUAGUGCUCCGUCCUCCGGUUGAUUUCUGAAGUGGCAGCAUCCUGGCAAGGCGACACAUCCACAGCAGCAGCAGAUUAAGUCAUCGCUACCAACUUGUCGCAACGUUGCCGUUUCUUACGUUCCGUGCCAUGUGCCGCAAUCGUACGCGUUCGUUACAUUUCCCGGCUGUAGUGAAGAUGGUGUGUAGUAGCAUAACCGUGUGACGAAUUACAAGUGAUAGCAGUACCCAUUAUUCAUCGCAACAUGGCCCAAUAGAAAUCAUUCAUAAUUGAUCCCAACAACUUAGUCUACCAAAAAUAUAGGAAAAUGCAGACGAUUCGUAAGAAGACCAGUCCUUUGAAAUAUCGAAACGAACCCGGGCGGUUCUUCGGCGAUGGUGUAAGCUUCAAGGCCAAACUCAUCGGCAUCCUAGAGGUCGGCGAAGCCCGAGGAGACCGAAUGUGCCAGGAGGCACUGCAGGACCUCAAAAUGGCAAUACGCGCGGCAGGAGAGCACAAGCAACGCAUCACGAUACACGUCACGAUCGAUGGUUUACGAUUGAGAGAUGAAAAAACUGGCGAUUCUCUCUAUCACCAUCCCGUGCACAAAAUAUCGUUCAUCGCCCAGGACAUGACGGAUUCGCGUGCAUUUGGCUAUAUUUUUGGUUCCCCCGAUAGUGGGCAUCGGUUUUUCGGCAUCAAAACCGACAAAGCCGCCAGCCAGGUGGUGCUGGCAAUGCGCGACCUGUUUCAGGUCGUGUUCGAACUGAAGAAGAAAGAGAUUGAGCUGGCCCGGCAGCACAUUCAGAGUAAAAUCACAGCCCAUGAACAUCAGGCUGUGUCCGCAUCGUUGGUAGCGAAGAGCAACACCACACUGGACAGUGGCGGUGCUGGUGGAGGAGGAUCAGCAAGCGGCAGCUCGAGCUAUGGAAAGAAUCAUUCGAGUGAGACGGGUGCGAUGGGAGGGCUGGGCGGAUCGUCGCUGGUGGGCCCAAGCAGUAGCAUUAAAAUGACCGCAGGGAAGAGUGAAAAAUCACCCGAAUCUGUGGCAGAUCUGGUGGAUCUCGAACAAGAACUGAGCUGUAUUCAACGAGGUAUAACGCAGAUGGAACGCAUUACGCCAAGUGAAGGACCGGGCAAAAGUGUUUUGGACGACGAUCCGUUUGGUGAUUCGUUUGCAAAUAUUCCACCGUCCUACAAUCUUCUUCCUCCGCCAGAGUCAAGCAAACGACAUCAGAAACAAACGCACCGUUCGACUGAAAACCUGCCAACGUUGGAAUCGAGUCCUGCAGUAUCAUCAACACCGCCUCCAAUGCCGGCUCCACCCAUCCCAACACAACCAAGCGCUUCUAGUGGUGGUGAUGCUGCAACGGGUGCGGUUUCACAUUCUUCUACUGGUAGCCGUAGCAACAACAAUCCACCAUCAUCGCAGGGUGCUGGUGGAAGCACAUUGACCAGCAGCAACUCGGUGCAGAACGAUGAUUGGCUAAAUUCUCCGCCAAACACGUCACGGUUCGAUCCGGAACCAGCACGAUACUCAGACGAACCGAAGAACUCUGACGAAACGGGAAAGACUCCUCAGUCAAGCGGUGCAGCACAACCUUCGUCCUACACUGACGUUUUUACCGAUCUGGAUCCGCUGGGUACGGGAAAAAUAAAACCAUACAUCGACAAGAAAUAUUUCUUUCAAGAGCUCAAGAAUCCACCCAAGAAGGUGUUGAAAGAUUUGUCCGGAAAGGAAAGCACAUUCAAUGCAAACUUUGCAGCGGAAGAUCAAGCUUCCUCUCCGAUGCUGCAGCAAAAUUUGGCCGGUGGGUCGACAACGUUAAAUGCAAGCAACAUUUCCACCCUUGCCAGUGGUAGUGGGGAUCUAUUCAAGGCCAGCUUUGACGAGGCACAGGCGAUGAAGAAUAAUAACAGCGGCGAACCUACAGCGAGUGGAAGCGAUGGUGGAAUAUCUAGCGCUGGAGGUGGUAACAAUAGCAUGCCACUCAUAGAAUCACUAGUCGGUAGUGGAUCCAAAGCUUCGGUCGAUCCGUUUAUGGAGGACGAUGAUUUUUCGAAACUUCAGCUCGAUCCGUUCGAGGUGCACUUUUCGCGUAACGCGUCACCGCGCAAUGCGGGAGGAAGUGGUACCCAGCAGGAAGGAAUGAGACCAUCCGAUACGGAAGAAACAUCGAACAAAUCCGCAGGAGAGGAAAGGGACGCAUCCGUUUACAAUGGGCCACUGCAGGUGAAUCUACCACCCGAAUCCUGGGCUAGCUAUAUUAGCCAGAAGCGCCUUGAGCGCCAAACUUCCGAAGCGAAUGCGGCCCAGGCGCAAACCGGUGGACCGAAUGCACACCGUAACCGGCCGGCGGCGAGCAGUGUGUUCAAGCAGAACACCGUGGACGUGAUCUCUAGUCUUAGCUCCAGCUCCAAAAAGAUGAAACCGAACCUGUUCGGUCAGAAGUUCUCGAAACGUGACUCAAAUAGCAUAAAUAUGCGACGGCUGCAGGAAAGCGAUUCGCUGAGCGAAACAGAAAUGGCGCCGGAGCCACCGCCUCGUCCCGAUUCCGGCUCGCACAUCGAACCACCGCCGUUACCUCCGAAGAAGCAAUUUGCUGACAUUGUCAUCCGGCCGUCUCCGAGGGCAUCACAUACUACGGCAAGCAGCGCAGGAUCCGGCACAGUUUCUAGUCACGGACCGAGGGAGCGAUAUGAUUACGUCGGUUCCAAAUACGACAGCAAUCGAUCGCCAUCGAGUGGUGGGCCCGGAUCGGAUGCACCACCGUUGCCGUUACCAUCGCGCAAGGUUGGUCGUACAGCGGGCGAAACUGUUGGCCCGGGACGUCCACAGAAAAAAUGCACCGAUGACGAUGACUAUCUGGCACCGAUCGGUAAGAUGGACAUACCGACGCUAUUGCCACCGCCACAACGCAAGGACGCUUCGAAAACGACACGCAUCACCCGAAAGCAGUCGGAAACGGAUCCACGCAAUCUCGAUGAACCGACGCCUCCACCGACAUCGAAAUCCCCGUCCGGAAGUGGAGCGGGGGGACACUUUUCGAAGGAACUCGAUCACCACCAUCAGCAUGCGACGUCCGCGUCCGCUUCGUUCCUGCCCGACAUUACGCUCAGUCAAUUACUCACGCUCGGAAUCGAUGAGUUGGCCACCAAGCUGAACGUUCCCGUGUCCAAGCUGAGCACAAUGACGCUCGUCGAGCUGACCACGUACCUGUCGGAGUUUAUCGAAAACAGCAAAUAUUCUGCCGCACCGCCACCGCCCUCGGCAGCACCGUCGUGGGCAACGAGCAGCAGCAUCAGCCAGGACAAUACGGCCGGCUUGGAUGGAAGUAUCAGUGAAUCGCCCGUAUUUAAGGUGAACUUUGACGAUGUGAACGAAGCCAUGUUUGUGGCCAAGUUUGAUGACAAUUUUGGCGAAGACGAACGUUCACGCAGCGGUUCAACGGGGGGCGAUGGUGGACGAACAGGUUCGGGAUCGUUUGUGGCAAACUUCGAUAAUAUGAAUCUGCAGCCUUCAUCCACCCGUACGGAUGUAUCUCACUCACCACAACCGGUUAUAGAUAAGUAUGCAGUAUUUCGUGAGAUAAUCGAGCAAGAAAUCGGUCCCGAUGGAACAACGAGCGAUUCGGGACAGGCCGAGCACGAUCUGGAACAGCAACGAUCGGGACAGAAUGAUCGCGCCGAUUCGCUUGAUUUGCAAAAGGAAGUGGCUUCGGAAAUGAAUCGUCUCUCACCGGCUUUCAUCGGCGGUGAGGGAGGGAUGGUGGGUUCCUCACCAUUACCAACGCUUGGAUCACAUUCCUUUGGAGGAUCUUCCGUUAGUCCGCUCACUACCGGACCACCCCUAACAAAGAUCGAUACAAAGAUCACGCAGGUUAUUUCCCAGGCAAAGGAUCGCUACGCAGCCUUGCGGGACAUCAUUCUAGUGGAAGAUCUGUUCGAAAAGCCCGCACAAACAGCACAGGCGCCGGUGGCGCGAAUGGAAUCAUCCUCCUUCGAAGAUCGCGAGUUGGACGAUGAUGCCAAAUUUGAGGCCAACUUCGACGAUAUGGAACAGGUGGUACAGCAGCAAGAUACCACCUCGCCAGAGAUCAAUAUUUCCGAUGCCGAUAUGAAUGAGGAUGAUAUGCAGCAACAGUUACAGGGCCAGGGAGAUUUGCAUGCAGGUGUUGGAGGUUCCUUCCGUAGCGCAACAACACCACGCGAAGAUCUUGAAAUCGACGAACUGAUGCAGAAAGCGGUUUCGAAUCUGUCUCUGCAUAGUAACGAUCAACUAUCACCGGCCCCAACUGGAAGCAACGCACAGUCGGGACUGACGGUGAAAGGAAGCCCCCUGUUGCAGCACACGUCAACCUCACCUUAUCGACCUACAAGCAUGUCCACUUCCACGACGUUACUGAACGAUAUGAUCGCACCGAAAAAUAAAUCUCCAACUAGUGGCAGCACCAUGGUUCAGUAUGAAACACUUUCCCUGGGGCAUAACGCACAAUCGAGCCGUGGCGGCGCAGGUUUGAGCGAUAUGAGCACCUCACCCAUUCCACCACUGGGUUCCAAGCCAUCCGGUAUGGCCAAGAGCCCCAUUCUAAAACCGUCACCAAUGUCGCGGAGAAGCGAUGAAGGUAUGAGAGCUAAACCAACACCGGCCCCUCGUGGCCAAUCGUCGAGCGAUAAGCGUUCUUCCGGUUCGAUGAGUGAUGGCGAUGGUGAAUCCUCACCAGAAGGAGAUAACAAUGAAGAGGGUAAAAUGUCCCGCAUGACUCCUACCAAUGCUAACGAAUCGUGGGCUGUAUUUGAUCAGCCAGAACCACCGUCACAUCAUGCUUCCAAAAGACAAGAUAUGCGCCAUGAAGCUGUACGCGGGGAUGGCGGAAGAAGAAGUGGCGAUAAAAAUGGUCCUGAGUCACCUUGCUCUUCCGAUCCGAAAGAUGAAUGGACAAAGGCAGAUCUGCGCGAAUAUGGUCGACGGUGGCCCUCGAAAGGUCACACUUCGUCCUCGUCACGAGACGUUAGUCCCUGGGAUGAAGAAGGUCCGGACUACCGCAAACGAACCGCGAUGCAUCCGUCCGGGGGUGAUCCGUCGAUGCGUCAUCACCAUCCUACCACGGGCGAACGGUAUCAUCAUCCACGCAUGCCACCGCGGCGUAUCAACUCGAACGAUGAAGACUACGAGGACGAGAUCGUGAAGGAUCAGCGUGGUCAACAGCGUCGCCGUAUGAAGAGCGGUGUCGGUUCGCGAAGCCGGGACAACUUCGAAGACGAACACUGGUAUCACGAUCAUCACGUAGGUCCAACGUGGUCCUCACCGACGGAAGAUGAAGAUACGCGAGGGCCACCGGGUGGUGAGCGUGGCUCGCGGUCGUUCGAUCGGAACGCUUACGAACGCAGCACGUAUGGACCGCCAUACGAGAAGAGGGAACCGAAAAGUUUACCGCCAGCGUACGAUCGUAGGGAUUACAAAAGUUACGACAAGCGGAAGUACUAUCGAGAGAGGGAACCGUCGCGUGGGGGCAGUGGAGGCGGUGGUCGAUACGAUUACGACCCGUACGUUGGUGAUGGUGGGUAUGGUGGCAGAAGGCCAGAUUACGAUGAUGGUAUGUACGAACGGUCGAGCCGGGAUUCGCGAGCAGCGCGGGAAUACUUCUACGAGCGCGAAAGGAAGAGCUUCGACCGCGAGAGCAUCGAAUCGUACGACAGUCGUGAACGGCAGCGCAGUUUCGGCAGUGGCGAUAUCUAUGGCAGUCUGGAUAGUCGAGCAGAAUACCGCGAAAGGGAUCGAUAUCUGUCGCUGGACAAAAGUCGAUCGCUGCGACGUGGCCUACGCAAUGCAGGUAGUGCCCGGCUGGAUCAGGACUUGGAUCAAGAUUCCGAGGGAGAUCUGAUGGGUGGUAUGGUGGGUGGUGGACGAUCAGGUUUGCGCGAUGUCGGAGGUAAUAGCUUACAUCGCUCUAGUCAAAACAUUGGACGCGGAAGCAAACAGCAGCAGCAGCAACAGAUGAUGAUGAUGCUAGACGAUGACGUUUGGGGCGUUUCGAAGGGUGGCGCCAGUGCGGCUGCUACCAUGCCGUGGAAGAGACCUUCGAGCGCCACAGAACAGCAGCAGGAACAGCGACGUUACAACGAAGGUGGUGGACGAAGCGGGCGUGGAAUGGUACCGGUUGGUGGUCCCGGGUCGGACGGUGAAAAGGACCGACGGUUUCGCAAGAAGAGUCGAACGCGCGCCGAACGGAAAGAAAUUGAGAUGCGCUCUAACUACGCGACGAUGAGAUAUCCAGUGCGUUCCAAGGAAGAUUACUUCGACUUUGAUACACCGGAAGGUGCUCGCGUGGGAGCCGCCGUAGACGAUGAUGAUGAGGAGGACGAUGAAGAUGAUGUCCCGGGCGGUAAGAACAUUCUGGACGAGCCGUUGGACGAUAGUCCAGCGUAUUAUGGUGGUCGUAGACAACCUCAGGGCGGACCACUGCCAGGAUCUACCGGAUACUACGGUAAAUCGUCGACCCCGCGCCAGGAAGGACGCAGCAUGAACGAUGCACUCAUCGCACAGGAAGCGAAGAAGAUGGCUCGCUAUGAGUACGAAGAGGAAGCCCUCAGGCGCAUGAAGAAAAGCAAUAGUCGGGAUCUGUACUUCGAGACGGGCAGUGGUACAGGUGGCGGUUAUGGCAGUGUGACUCCACCCAAGGGCAACAUUCAAAAGCAGCAUGCACAUAACGCACCACCGAGUGCGGCUGGACGGCAGCUAGACUUUGAGUUUGAUGAGUUCGCAGAUCCAUCUGGACCGCCUGUCGGUGGAGAUGGGUUUGAGAGUGAUUUUAACUCUCCGCCGAUCGGUGGUGCAGGGACUGGAGGGCCCAUUCCCGGUGGAAGAGGCGAAGGACAGAAGUCGUAUCGGUUUUCGAGCGAUUUCUCUAACGAUAAGGAACGUGGUCAUUAUGCACACGACCCACCAGGUGGAUACCAUCGGCAGCAACAUUACAAAAAUCAUCCCGGUGUAGGCAAUUACGCUGAUACGGGUGAUUAUCCUCAACACUCGCAAUCCUUGCAGCAGGCCCCGUCAUCAUCGACACCUCCACCGGCAGCUGCCUCGGGGCACCAUCACCAUCGGGAACAGUCCAGCAGUGGUUCGAAGCUGCGCUUCAAUGAAAAUGUCACAGUGUCGAAGUUUGAUGCUGAGGCAACGACCAUGUUCGAGGAUGACUUUGCUGGCCGCUCCGAUGCGGAACAGGAUCCCGAAGAUGGAACGCAGCAACAGCAGCAGGGUUGGUCGUCGGCAAGCAUCGCAACCAGUCCGGCACCACCAGCAGCGACAAGCAAUAAUGGUAGUAACAAAAAGAUAUUAAAAACCUCUAGUCAAGCAGGGCACCAUCAACAGCAGCAGCAUCAGCAGCAGCAGCUGUUUAACCAGGAUAAUAUUCGCAAAUCGGACAGUAUUAACAUUUUUGCCAAAAAGGUCGACGAUCCGUUUGAGGAUGAUGAUUUUUUCUCCUCCUCCGGUGGUGGCCGCGGCGACCCCUUCGGUGGUAAUGGUGGUGUUGCCGAUGCUAGCGGGCACGGGGCUGCCAGUGGCGGUGCUACCGGGCCCGGUUCCACCGGGUGGGACAAGAACUUUGCAAACUUUGACGAUAACAUCUGAUUACUCGGUAGCCUGAUGAUCGAGAGCAACUUCCUCAGUCGCCAGCUGAGCCGAAGUUUGAGUGCCCGUCAGCAGUAUCAGUACUGCUGCCAACAGGACGAACAUCAGCGCUACUCACUGGCUAAGGACAUUCGGAAGCUUUACAUGCGCAUCAAGCACUGCAACCGGUAUCAGGUGUUUGUUUAAAUGUGGGGAAACAAAAUCGUCAGUACAUCAGUGUGGAUUAGAUUGUGUUAUGUUUUGUUUUUACUGUAGCAUCUAGCUCAAUGUCUACGUUCAUUGUUUUAUUCAGCGUUGUAUGCUUUAGUGUACUCUGAUGAGACAUCUGAUGGAUCAAUAAUCUGGAAGUUUGCCGAAGGAUCGGCCACAAAGAACCACAGAUUAUAGACGUUAUUUUUACUAACAAUACUCAUCUUGAGUGGUGUUGUAGAUAGGUGAUCGUUUACAUUUAAACUUGUUCAAAAGUCAACUCCGGAAACCUCUUUGAUGUAUGCGACAAUUGAAGUUGAGAUUGUCCUUUCUUAACUUCAUUAAUCCCCGCUGAUACAUGGUUCCUGUCCAUAGCUGACGAAGUCCUGUUACUUGCCUUCGAUUUUUCGUAUCGGUAGGCUGAACCUGUCAUGAAGAUGACACCUCGGCUAUUCAGCCCGCAAAGCAAGGGUAUUCAGUUGAGUCAAAAAUACGAUGUUUCCAAUGUGGUUCUAGUGUCUGAUAAGUAAGUAAAUUAAGCUUUAAUCAUGCACUGCAUCUUUUCCGCUCAUCUUGCUAAAACAACACAUCAAACCGUGGCGUAAAUUGGUAGAACGCAAGUUCGAUUACUGUACUGGCCCGGUUAGAGCUGUCGUUUAAUGUUGAGAUUUUUAAUGCUAGUAAUUGUGCAAAGUUGUUUAACGUUACAUUGCGUAUACUUUUAGAUGCAGGUUUAUGUCACAAUCACAACUCAUUCAUAUCAAAACAUUUUAGUUUCUUAAGUCUAGUUAACUUAUUAACGAUGUGUGAGCUUUAGUGGAUUAAGAUUUCAGCGCGAAUAGUUAAUGCAGGUUGAGAAGGCGAAAUGAAUGGCUGUUGUUGCUGCUUGUUGAUGUGCCGCUGGUAACUGGGUAAUGUAAGGGAGAGAAAAGAAAGCGAGACGUACGAUAACUGCACAAGAGUAACGAAGCAACUACAACGGAAACGGAUGCGUAAAAGCACGGUAGUAGACAUUAGGAGCCGUUUACAGAAGUUGUCUUUUUUAAUCCAUUUCCCGUAUUUAAAAUUGUAGCAAAUCCAAAAAUUUCGCCAUAAACGCAUAUACCGGAAAGGGAAAAAGGCACGAUUCAAGACGGAACUGUUGAAAUAGACGUGAAACUCAACACCAGGAGAAGGAUUACACGCUUACUCAAACACACACUAAUCUGCUCUUCUUCUCUUUCCUAAUACUAUAACGAAACAAACAAACAAAACAAAAAACAAUGAUUGUAAACUUCUAAACCGGCAAUGAUCCGUAGACGCACCACCCGGUUACUAAUGGGGCGAUGGUAUUACCGUAAAAAUGGCGCAAUAUUAGACACAUAUAUUCACUAACGAUGGCAAAUAGUAUGUACUUCAACCGUAAGGCAGCUAAAACAAUAUCAGGAUUUCGGUGGCCAGUGUUUAGUUUUUUUGUUUAGGUUUAUCCUCACACUAUUUCACGAUAUCGCUCUGUUGAACGGUGCUGUGUGCAUAAUUAAGUUUUUGGGCAAAGUGGGCAGGCCCACACCUCCCUCCUUCCCCUCUCCCCUCUCCCCUCUAGCGCACCUAUCUGUUUGUCGUACAUUUGUGUUAGGGCUAGGAAAGGGUCUAGGUAUCAACUACACGCAAACAUGCCAAUAUGCAAGCAUUAGGUUAGCAAUAAUAUUAUGGUCGAUGGUAGUUGCGCAGAGAAAAGCGUGCAGCUGCUGCAAUAAGCCCGCAGGUAGCUUCAUUUGAAUGGUUAUGAUUAGGAGAAAAAGCUAGUAAGUUGAUAAAACAAAUUUUUAGAUUAAUACUAAUUAAUCCAAACUCCAACAUUGCCGAGUCACAGGUAUACACACACAGGCACAGCGAAGGAACCACACUUUAACACUGUGGUGUUUAGAUAUUAUUAAUGGAAAUUAUUCACCUCAAGAAAACAUACACCAUCACGGAAAGGGGAAGUUCCAUCGCUGGAAUGGACCGGUUGCAGUGAUGAGGAAAGUGAGCUUUACAGCAUUUGUGUUUUAUAUUAAACAUAACUCUACCACUGGAUAUUGGUCACUGCUGAACCGAAUCAGUGCGCUAUUACUUUGUAGCAAUGCGUUUCGCUUAUGAUAUGUUUGAAUUUGUAAUAUACCGUAAACCAACUUUGCUUUGGAACAGCGAAAGAAGAAAGCAAUCACAGAACAUACUCGAACUAAACUUGCUCGCCCUUUUACUUCUUUGGUAAUUGAUAUUAAACGUGUCCCGAGGUGAGAAAGGGGAAAAAGCAAACAAGAAUAUGCCAUCUAAUCGGGACAGGUAAUGUAGUAGGAUGAAGAAAUCAACAAAAGAAAUGAAACCAAUCAGCAACUCAAUCGACAACACCACGAACAAUUCAAUAAUAUCCAAACACGAAGGCGAAACAGGACAUGAAAACGCAAAUGAACAAACUAAAACAAAAGGUAGGUAUCAGUUGAAGAAAAAACAAACAGGAACAAGGUAAACAUUAAGCAUUCAUAUUAACGGAACAAACAAUUACUCAAGUACAGAAUGGAGGUUACAAAAAUAAAUAGAACAACAGAACAAGAACAAAACAGUAGAGUUGGUAAAUACAAAUUGUUGAUAUUAACCCACCCUCUUCUACUCUCCUCAAACACAGGAAAAGCAUGAAAUAAAAAAGAAAAGAAACCCAAACCCGAACCGAAAUUCGAAAACGUAGAAAUCAGGAAAAACAAACUUAAUAAAAAUCAAACUAAACGAACAAUUUCAUGAGAUUCAUGUAGUGUUGGGUAUUUGUUCUCAAUUUUUGUUCAUGUAUGUUGCGUGUUAGCAGGGCGCAAAAACUGUAUGUAGAUGUGGUUUGUUUCUUCUCUCUUUCUUCUUCUCUUGAAUAAAUAGUGUUGAAAUUGUUGUAAAACUUUGGCGCGCUAUGGUAUAUGGAAUGGGAUAAACAAGAAAUGUUACAUGUGUGAAAUGUGAAGUGAACAAAAAAACCUUCAACACAUUGAGCAAGGGAAGCGGGAAACGAGAACCAGAACAAAAGUACGUACAUAGAAAGGAAAAAGCGAUAUGCAAAUGCAAAUGAGCGAAAUAACGAAUAACAAGUGCACAAGAGUGUGCAGCUAACUGUGCAAACAAAAGUGAAGAUAAAAACAAAAACACACACACAAAACCAACUAUUAAGAAGUAAAAAUAUAUCAUUAAAAAUUUUAAAAACAAA